ACCUGUAAGGCGAGUACCGGGAGUGGGGCGAUGGAGCCCGGCGCCCAUUGGACAGAAUAUAAAAGGAGAAACCUACUCCAAAGGCUGAGGACCCGGCAGGGUGCUGGCGGUGGGCUCUCGCCGCAGCCCCCAGCGCCCUUGGCCCGGCAACACAGAGGCCAGGCAGCGUGGGCGUGACCAAGACGCAACUCCGGGUACACGCCCGUCCCGCCGCGGUGAAAACGAUCAGGUGAGUGCGGCCGAGACGGACCAGACUCUCAAACCUCCGCUCCAGCGCGUCCCUGGGGGACACCUGUCCCAGCAGCCGGGAACCGAGAGCCAGCGGGGUGACCCCGGUUCCCCUCCGGGACCGGGACUUGACCAUGGCGCUAGCCGCCGCCGCAGCGGCUGCGGCCGCCGGGGUGAGCCAGGCUGCAGUGCUGGGCUUCCUGCAAGAGCGCGGCGGCAAGGUGCCCAACGCCGAGCUGCUGAGCCGCUUCAAGCCGCUGCUGGACGCCGGCGACCCGCGCGGCCGAGCCGCCCGCAGGGACCGCUUCAAGCAAUACGUCAACGACGUGGCCGUAGUGAAGGAGCUCGACGGCGUGAAGUUCGUUGUGCUAAGGAAGAAGCCACGGUCCCCAGAGGGACCAGGGCCCUUGCCCUCCUGCACCCCCGCGGCACCAGCCCCGCUGUCGCAGGCCACUCUUGGCUCUCCAGGAGAACACUCAGCCUCAAGAGCUCUAUCUUUGGCCUCCGUGCAGCGGCCGGUGGACUCGCCAGAGGACCUAGCCCAGCCAUCAGAGAAGCAAGACGCCCCCGGGGCUCCGGCCUCUGAGCCCACUCAGCCAACUCGGGAGCUGUGGUCAAGCUCGGCCCCUCAGCCAGGGGGCCCCGCCGACCCCCAAGUGCCAACCUUUCAGCUAGCCCAGCCUGCAGAGGGACUCUCCGCAGACGUGUCCCCACCGUCUCGGGCACCGUCGGAGGUUUCAACAAGCGCGGAGCUGCCAGCCCUGCCGCCCGCCGCCCCGCGCGCGCCGCCGCAGAAGCCCUGCAUGCUGCCGGUGCGCUGCGUCCCAGGCCCCGCCGCGCUCCGGCUCCGAGCCGAGGACCAGGGCCUGCGCCGGCAACUGUCGGAGGAACCGAGCCCGCGGAGCUCCCCGCUGCUGCUGAGGCGGCUGUCCGUAGAGGAGUCCGGCCUGGGCCUCAGCCUGGGCCCCGGCCGCUCUCCGCACCUGAGGCGCCUGUCGCGUGCCGGCCCGCGUUUGCUGAGCCCCGACACCGAGGAGGUGCCCGCCGCGCCGCCGCCAUCCGCCGUGCCCCUGGAGCCGUCCGAGCACGAGUGGCUCGUGAGGGCGGCCAGUGGUCACUGGACCCACCAACUCCACGGGAUGCUGCUGCGCGACGGCGGCCUGGCUGCCAAGCGCGACUUCAUCUCUGGCUUCACGGCCCUGCAUUGGGCAGCCAAGAGCGGCGACCGGGAGAUGGCGCUGCAAGUGGUGGAGGUGGCGCAGCGUGGGGGCUCACCAGUCGACGUAAAUGCGCGCUCGCACGGCGGCUACACACCCCUGCACCUGGCCGCCCUGCACGGCCAUGAGGACGCCGCCGUGCUGCUAGUGGUGCGUCUGGGUGCGCAGGUGCACUUGCGUGACCACAGCGGCCGUCGCGCAUACCAGUACUUGCGGCCCGGCUCCUCGUAUGCGGUGCGACGCCUACUCGGCGAUCCCGGCCUGCGAGCCACGUCGGAGACAGAUGCGACCGACGGUGUAAGUGGUAGUAUUGCGACUCGGCGUCCAGUACAGGUAGCUGCCACCAUCCUCGGUUCCACCACCAGUGCAUUUCUGGGUGUCCUGGCCGACGAUAUGAUGCUCCAGGACCUGGCCCGUGGCUUGAGGAAGUCUGGCUCCUUCAGCAAAUUUUUGAGCGCCUCGCCCAUGGCUCCACGUAAAAAGACAAAGAUUCGCGGUGGCCUGCCAACCUUCUCUGAAAUAUCUCGUCGACCUACUCCAGGGCCUUUUGCUGGUCUCGUGCCCAGUCUGCCUCCCACAACCUGAUGGUCCCAGGGGCUAUGGCCUGGUUGAUCUAUCCAGACCUCCCCCCACAGUCUAAGCCUAUCCAAGGCUGGGGUCUAAUACCUGCAGUCCCAUUCUGUUUCCAGCUUUGUCCACUGCAGCCCGUUUUACCCAAAUGGGCUUGCACCUGUCUCCAGAGAUUCCAGAUCUCAGUAAGAGUCUCCUAUGAAGAACUCUAGUAGUCAGGCCUGAACUCAUGAGACUUGAAAUUUAGGGUUGAAGGUUAAGGGGCAGCAGCUGGUCUGGCCCCUGAAUGCCUCCAUUACCUACACAGCCCCAAGCCAGAACUAGAGCUAGGGUCUCUUUAAAUAUUUGAAGGUUUAAUGUUGUUUAUCAGCUUUAAGAUAUGUGGUAGUUUUGUAAUUUGAUGCUUUUAUUCUGUUUUUAAAUUGAAAUGAGGUAAAGCAACUUUCAUAACACCCUUUUGAAAUUAUAUUUUUCCACUCUUAGGCAAAGUGCUCAGACAUUUUCAAUUUUUUGCUAAGCAUUUUGGAAUUCUAUUUAAAAUAUAGAUUAUCAAGAUCUAAAGGAAAUUUGUCCCAACCAACAAACUCUUUAAAGUUUAUCUACCUCACUUAAGGCAGUCAGGAUUACAGAGAGUCUUGAAUGCAGAAUAAUCAUUGUGACCAUUAUGAAUGUAAUUAAUUUCAGUUGUACUGUGAAGGCUAAAUAUUUGGAAACAAGUGCAUCUUGGGAGUAAAGAUGACAAAGAAAAAAGAAACAUUUUGGGGGUAGUACCUGUGGCUUAAGGAUUAGGGUGCCAGCCCCAUAUGCUUGGGGUAGGGGGUUCAAACCCAGCCCUGGCCAAAAAUGCAAAAAAAAAAAAAAAGAAGAAGAAGAAACAUUUUGGCAAUUAUUUUAAAAUUGUAGUUUUCUUCAUAGUGAAAUAUAAAUGAGUGUUUGGCACUGGUGGGUAACUAUUUUGAUUUGGUAUGAAUAUUUAAUUUUUUUAAACUGUGAUUUGUGACUUGCACCUUCAUAUUGUUUCUGAAUCUGUGGUUUCCAAAUCCAGCUUAGCCAUAAAGUGAAUAUUCAAAGAAAAAAAUGUCAUAGCAUUACCCAAAAAAAUAUAACUGAUUAAAUAGUAAUGGAAAAAUAAAUAAAUAGCAAUGGAUACAAUUAAAGAGCAAGUAUUUUACAUGAAAGUUCUGUAAAGUGGGCAAGGCAACUCACACCCGUAAUCCCAGCACUUGGGAUGCCGAGGUGGGUGGAUUGCCUGAGCUCAUAGGUUGGAGACCAGCCUGAGCCAGAGCAGACCCUGCCUCUAAAAAUAGCUGGGCGUUGUUGCAGGCACCUGUAGUCCCGAUUCCUUGGGAGGCUGAGGCAAGAGAAUUGUUUGACCCCAAGAGUUUGAGGUUGCUGUGAGCUAUGACACCA